AAUCCUAUCCCUACACAACUGAGCUUGAAAUACGCCUAUCUCCCUCUUUAUCCUUUUUUCCAUCUUCUUCUUCUUCUUCAACUAGUUGAAUGUUUGAGCAAUGUCUCGAGGCACUGAUCGCUUACUGAAGAAUUUGAAGCAAUUCACUGACCUUCAAUACAAGUACUUCAGUAGCCGCUAUGGACAGCAACUCAUUGACAUUUUCGAAUUUCCAAUAAAGCUUGUUCUUUCACCUAUUACACUUGCAUAUGACAUUGCCGGCUCUGCUCCGAGAGGUUUCGGUGUACCUGAAUUCAUCUCUAAGCUCUCUUAUUCGACCAUCUUUGUGGUAGCUACUCUGGGUACUUAUGACAUUGCAAUGGAGCUCGGAAAGAAGGUGAUCAGCCAGAGGGACUGCCGGACAUGCUGUGGGUGGCAGGCGUUGCAGUGCACAAUGUGCAAAGGAUCAGGCAAAGUGCAUUACCAAGUGAAGAACUACACAUUGAAAAGGGGAGAAAAAGCCACAGCUGAAUCCAUUGCUGAUGCGAUAGCUGAUAACAGAGCUGAGUUGGUGCAUCUUCCUUCCACAGUGGACCUUCACUUGCCACUGCCAUCUAAAGAAUGUCCCAGUUGUGAUGGAUCGGGUGUGAUGAAAUGCCCGGAAUGCAAAGACAAACUGCAGAUAAAGAUAUCUGCAGAUGAUAUUAUGGAGCCUCCUUGGAAAGCUUAUAAUAUCAUGAGGAAGAUGGAUUAUCCUUACGAGCAUAUUGUUGAUAGUAUGAAGGACCCCAGCAUUGCUGCAUUUUGGUUGCUUACCUUGCCUCAGAUUGUGGGUGGAUUUGAAUAUGAUGAUGAUGUCAAGAAGAAGAUUUGGUGGCAAUAUAAGGAAUCUAUGCGAUAUGAUCAACUUCGAGAUGUGGUGGCCAAGAGAAAACCUGGAUGGGAGUAUUUGCAAGAAGCCUUGGUCUCUAUUGAUCCUGCCCGAGCAAGAGAAGAUCCUAUUAUUGUGAAAAACGUUCCUUACUUCAAGGCCAAGAAAACUCUGGAGGCAGAAGUCAUGAAGCUUGACCCUCCGCCGCGUCCUCAAAAUUGGGGGGAGUUGAACCUUCCAUUAAACGCAUCUUCUUGGAGUGAAAAGGACCUCAAAGACCCAAAAAAGCUCUAUGAGAUGACAGUUCUUCUUAAUGCACAGAGAGAAAUUUCUGAAAAGAUGCUGGAUGCCCAGUGGGAAGCGAAAUGGAGAGAAGAAAAGCUUAACAAAAUGUUGGAGGAGAAGGUACGACCAUACAUUCAGAAUAUCGACAAUACUGUACUUCCUCAACCUAUUGUUAUGGAGUCAGAAAGGAAUCAGGAUCAAAAGAGAAAGCAUGGACGAAGGAGAUGGUGGUUAUUUUGAUUGUAUUUGCUUAGCCAGUACAAUUGCUACUAGACUCAUGAGAAAUCUAAUGCUUAUAGCUACUUUUUUUUUGUAGAUUGCAACAGUUCCUUUCAUUCUAGUUUUUCUUCCUCCUUUAUGUUCUUCUA